AUGGCCUUCUCCACAGGUAAGGCUGGCCCAAUCUUGCGUGAGGCACCUCGAGACCUCUCUGCAAUCGCCGAACAAGAGGAGGCUCUGAUCCUCCCACACUUCACAGCCGACGAUGCGCUCGAAAUCGGCCUGUCUAUCCGUAACAGACUGCGUGCCUUAUCCCAACUCUCUGCCGUCGUCAACAUCACGCUGGCCAACAGCAAUAAUCUCCUCUUCCACGCCGUGUCGCGCCCUGGCGUCCAGCCGGACAACGACAUCUGGAUCGCAAGGAAGAGAAAGACCGUCCAAAGAUGGGGCGUGAGCACGUGGUUCAUGCAUAAUAAAAUGCACGGCGACGAGGAGGCGUUCAAGAAGAAGUAUAUGCUCGGCGAGUCCGCGGGGGAGUACGCUAUACAUGGCGGAGGUGUGCCAGUGAGGGUACACGGUGUUGAGGGCGUCGUCGGCGUGAUUGUCGUGAGCGGUCUGAAGCAACAUGAGGAUCAUCAGGUCGUGGUCGAUGCCAUGGAGGAUUUUCUGGAGGCGGCGGGCAAGGAGCCUCGGUCGCCCACGCUGGUCAAUGUAUGA